AUGGAUUCGUACUCGGGUCUCUUUGGCAGCCCGGACCUGAACAGGCCGCUAGAACUUGAAGAAAUAUUCGAUAUUAACAGGUUCUACGGUGAAUCCAGUCAGGAUGCGGCUUCCGAAGGACAGCAGCACAACCUCGAUCUACUUCAGAAUCGCGAUUAUAACAUAGACCAGCACCUGGCCGCUGGAGUCGCCUACGCCGAUGGCACCGAAGCAUGGGUACCACCUCCACUCGUUCAAGACUACACACAUCAACAUAUGGAACAGCGCCACACGCCACCGACCGCUACCGUCAAUGCAACGGCCGCCAUACCGACCGCUCCAGAUCACAACUCAUAUCAUACCGCUCCGAACGCGUCUGAACCCUGCCAGAACGUACCAGGAUGGGGUUUCAACUCUCACAUUGGCCCCUACGAUGGAAGCAAUCCUUUACCUCCGGAGCCCUUCUCCGCCGAGGAGACCUAUGGCUAUUAUGACCACCUUAGGCAACACCAACACUACACUGGCGCACAGCAACAAACCGGUCGGCCGCCUGUCACGAGUGUGGCGAGCUGCCCAUUUCAAGAGUCCUACAACUACUGCAUCCCAUUUAUCUUCUACCCAGGAUACCAUCGAUGCUGCUGCGCCGUGCAGCCCCGAUGUCUUCGAAACAAAAACCCGCUUACUAGCGGGAUGUCACGAGAGACAACAUCUCCCCAUGUGCAGACACCGUUCGUCAAUGCGCAUAACGGUGUACAUCAUCGAUUUGGACAACCCUAUUGUCAGUCUGCAAUGACAGCCGAAGUGAUGGGAGGCGCGCCCCACUCUCUCAUGGCCAGGUCCGUCGCAGAGCCCGCUCCGCAAGCAUCGCUGCCCUCUAUAGGGCGAACGGCGGCGAGUGGGCUGUAUUACCAGGAUCCACCGUCUGUAUGUGUGCAUAAUAUCGGCAGGUCUAAUGGACCUACUUAUUCCACCAAAGCCAUUCAGACUGAAUCGAUAGAGACAAGUCGUACUGAUGUUUGGAACACUCAUAUCCGUGCUCGCUUUUAGUUAACGUUAUGUAGACCUCUUUGGCUUAGUAGGGGAAGCUGUGUUCUGUACACAUGCAUUAACGUAGAUAUGCCUAUCACCAUAUAGAUAAAG